GUAGUGUCCAUAUGAGCAUACUCUCACGUGAAUAUUGAUAAAUAUUGGUCAAGACAUAUAUUGGAAUCUUUGAAGUAUAGAGUGUAAAUAUUACAAUUAACAGCAUCGAUAAAACAACAUUGAUUUAUGUUGUAAGUGCAUUUUUAACAACUUACGAUUCUUACACUUGAAGUAGUGUUUAUUUUAAAACAAAAAUGAGCGAUAAUGAAAGACAUAAAAAAUGUGAAGUGUGCAAUGAGAAACAAUCUAAAUAUACUUGUCCAAAGUGUUCUGUUCGUACAUGCUCAUUAGAAUGCGUAAAACAGCAUAAAAAAGCUGUAGACUGUGAUGGAAAAAGAGAUAAAACUGCAUACUUAUCCCUGGAUAAAUUUAACGAUAACGUUCUUUACAGCGAUUAUUACUUUCUGGAAGACGUUAAUAGAGCUGUAGAAAAUUCUGAAAGGGGCCCAAGGCACUCGAAUCGCCUAAAGCUUCCGGAAAAACGUGAAAGACUGUGCAAAAAUGCGAAAAAGAUAGGAGUCACUUUAGAAUUUUUACCAAAGGGUAUGGCAAAAAAUAGAAGAAACAAGUCUUUUUAUAACAACGAAUUUAUGGGAGAUACUAAACUCAAAGAAGCUUUUACUAAUUUUACAUCCGAAAGAAAUCCCGUUAUCAAACACAAAAUAGAGGAAUUAACAAACAAAUCAGAUUAUAAGGGAAUUUUUUUCGUCUUAUUUAGAGCUGAAAAAUCCAACGGAAACAGGUAAGGAUCCAGUUAAUAACCCUUUAUAUUUAUUGUGUACUUUCUAUAAACGUUGAUGACAAAUGCUCGUCACUCUUGUUUCUAAUCUCGAAUGCUGGUAUAACGAGACCAGCUGUGAAUUACCCUGCGAGUGUUGUACAAGCUGAAGAAAAUCUAAUGCUACUAACCUUUUACUUGUUGUUACAUACGUCUAAAUAAUUGUCAGUGUAACAUGAAUAUAAAGGAAAACUGAUGAAAAAUUACUAAACCUUUUCGUUCCUUAUUUUUCGUUUCCAGAAAAUAAUUGCAAUUAUUUUCU